GAGUGAGUUAAAGAACAUGAAGAACCACAACGGAACUAUGUGAGACCAACAAAAGAUAAACUGUUACGACAAAGCAAAUGUGACUGUUUUAAUAUCUGACGUUUUCGGCAAUAUAUCACCGAAUCAAUCCAAGUCAAUGAUGCUGAAAUGAGAAUAUUUGACACUACAGAUAUCAGCAUAUGAAGUUACUAGUGGUCACCGAGUCAGAUUUCAAAUUUACAUAGGCGAUAUUUUGUCCUGACGUCACUUUGUGUUACUACAGUGCAUUUAGCAAAUAUUUUCUUCAAUCAGUCUUGAAAACGAGCAACUCUAUUCCACGUUGUUUCAACAAACACUCUAUGUUCUUUUUUGACUUGGAUUUCAAAUUUCUAUGGAUGAGAUAGUUAACGAGCUUGAGGAUAAAGUAAUUUUCAUUGAUGUUGAAAAUCGUCCAGGAAAUCCACUUUAUGAACAGUUGGGACACAAUACAGCGAUUAAUGAGAGUAGAACGGCGUUGAAAGUUGUCGGUGAUAUUGUACAUGCACUUCCAGUGAAUAAUCCAACUAGAAUUCGUAAUUUAGCGCAAAAAUAUGUGACUUCCUAUUUUAAGUUAACAACUGCGCAGUACUUUGCAACAACCAUCCGAAAACAUCACAGAUGUGUGGAGAUGGCUAUAAUUAAUAAUGACAUGGAUAAAGCAAUGCACCAUAUUGAUCAAUGCAUAAAAUUAGCACCAAACAGUGCAAAGUUUCACAUUCAACGAGCUGAAAUUUAUGCCAAGCGUCAAGACUAUCAACAUGCCAUUACCGACCUACAUCAUGCUUUAUCUCUGAGUUCACAAUCUUCAGACCUUGAAUCAAUGAAUCAAAGUAUUACUACCACUGAUUCAGAUUCUUCAUCCUCCAUGUCAACAUGCCUAAGUCAUACAGAAUAUAUAAAUGUCUUACUGAAGACUGGUCAACUUCAUAUAAUUUAUGGAAGGAGUUUAUUUACAGAAGAAAAAUUUGAAGAAGCACUGAAACAAUUUGAAAUAGGUAAAAGUUUUAUUGAUCAAUAUGCUCAAAUGAAAGAUUUGAUUACUGACAAAUCUGUUACUCCAGGAAUACUAAUCACAUUGAUGGAUGUAUUAAAAGUGUAUGAAUCAAUGAAACGCGAUAAUGAUUGUAUUGACUUAAUAACAAAAUGUGUAAAUACUUUAGAAAAAGAAAAUAGCAGAGUUCGAGAUGAAAUAUUUAAAGAAAAUUCUUUUCAAAUAACACGAUUGAAUUUACCGCGGGCGAUAUUAAGAAAACUGGAUCGAUUAAGUGAAUCGGUUGAUUCUAUUCUUCAAGGCAUGCACAGAUUGGACACAUUAAAUAUCAGUGCUCAAAACAAUUUAUCUGAUCAGUAUCAAUCACUGUAUCAAUCGGGUAAAAAUCAAUUAUUUUUGACAAUGAGUUGUUAUGCAAUAAAAUUAUUUAAAGAUGGAAAUUAUCAAGAGUCGAAUGCAUUAACUUGUCAACUUCUAAAGGUGGAUCCAACAAAUUAUCGAUUAUUAAUUUUGUUUGGUGAUUGUCAGUAUCAAAUGCAUAAUUAUGAAGAUUCACUUAAGGAAUAUGAAAAUGCCAAAUCAAUCAUCAAUAAGUUAUUCAGUAAUUCAAACCAAUGUAUCUGCAAUAAUACCAUGAUGUUUCCAGAAAGUCUUAAAUCAAUCAAUCAAAGAAUCUGUUUAACGUGUUAUAAUUUAAGUAAGAUUAGAAUAAAGCAAAAUGAUUGCCUGAGUGCGCUGACCUUUUUGAAUCGUUGUAUUCAACUUGCGCCAUUUAACUCAGAGUUUUACAUGACGCGUGCACUAGUUCAUUAUCAACUAAGUAAUGCUAAACAAUCUUGGGAUGAUGUAUUGGUUUUUGUGUAUUUAAAUCUAAGUGAUUGGGCAUUAUGCCAAAAUACCAAUGGUAAAUGGCCAACAUAUCCAGUUUGGUAUCAAAGUAUUGUACACAAUCGUUUCAUCUGUCAAGUUAAUGAACAAAUUGGUCCAUUAAUUCACCGAUUGACACCAAAAUAUAUUGACUUAGUAAAAGUGGCACAAUCAAAAGAAUGUGAACAAUGUUUAAUCAAUAAUCUUCGAGAUAUAAUUGAUAAAAAUAAGUGUGAAUUAUGCAACAAUACAAAUUAUACUAAAAGUAUUUCAACUAAUAUUGCUAGUGAUAUUGAACAAAAAUUUGAGAAUACGAUCGACUGGUUGAAUAAGCAUGUUUCAUUUAACUUAUUUUCGGAAGCUUAUGAAACCGAUGAUAGUAGUAACGUUAUAGAUGAUCAAAAAAAAUGUAAGAACAUAGAUCAUGCUGCUCAGUUGAAGUCAUACAGUACAAUAAAAGAAGACUAUCAAAAAAUUAAGAAAGAAAUUUUAAAUAUCCGUCAAAAAAAAUAUUUGAGAUAG